ACAGGGUCUUUUCCCCUUCUUUUUAUUUCUCUGUCUUUGGGCUGGACUAGACUGACUGACUGACUGAGACAAAGAGUAUCAGUCUGUGUGACAGUCCAGGCAGCAGAAAUGGACACAGGCGCAGGUGCAAGACAGAACCACAACCGUCUUUUCUCCAUCCUAUAAUAUCCCAUCCUCAGUUCAGGGUCCACCAUUUCAUCAUCUCUACUGACCUAAUCUUAUCAUCAUCAUAAUCAUUCAUCUCCUUACGUUUUCAUCUCCAUCUCCAUCAAAUCUAUUCAAUGACAACUCACAUCGACGAGGGCUUGAAAGCCCCGUCCCCCCAUGGCUGGAAAGCAUGGACUACAAAGAAGAAGAUCAUCGUCGUCGGUUCCAUCCUCUUCGUCAUCGUCGCCAUCGCCAUCGGUCUUGGAGUCGGACUGGGCGUGGGACUUGGAGGAGGUGAAGGUGAAGGCAGCGGAGAAGAAGGCAACGCACCGAAAUGGAACGGCACGUACACAAGCGCGAAAUGGCAGCCAGACGUCGGGACAAGCUGGCAGAUUGAGCUCCUCUACACGUUAAACGACACCUCUGUCGACGCGGACGUCUACGACAUCGACCUCUUCAACAACAACCAGUCCAUGAUUGCGAGUUUGCAAAGCGCCGGCCGGAAAGUCAUCUGCUAUUUCUCCGCGGGCAGCUAUGAAGACUGGCGAUCUGAUAAAGACGAGUUCAAGUCGUCGGAUUUAGGCUCGAAGCUGGAUGGCUGGGAGGGGGAGAAAUGGCUGGAUACCAACUCUGCGAAUGUGCGCAAGAUCAUGCAGGAGCGUCUUGAUCUGGCGCGGAGUAAAGGCUGCGAUGGCGUGGAUCCGGAUAAUGUUGAUGGAUAUGAUAACAGCAACGGGUUGGGGUUGACGGAGGACGAUGCGAUUGAUUAUGUCAACUGGAUGGCCAACGAGGCACACUCGCGCAACAUGUCGAUUGGACUCAAGAAUGCUGGGUCAAUCAUCGACUCGGUGAUUAAGAACAUGCAGUGGAGUGUGAAUGAACAGUGUGCGCAGUACGAGGAGUGCGAUACCUACGCUGUCUUUACCGAGGCAGGCAAGCCGGUCUUCCACAUUGAGUAUCCCAAGGGCGAUGAUACAAACAAUGAAUUGUCCGUUACGACAGCACAGAAGAAGAGUGCGUGUGACUUUACCGGGUCUGGCAACUUUUCCACGGUGAUCAAGAAUAUGAACUUGGAUAAUUGGAUUGAGACAUGUUGAUAGAAUGGGUAUCUGAUCUGUAGAAUAAGUAUCUAAUGACUUGUACUAUCUGAACGCCAUGUUAGUUGAUUAUGAUGAUAUCUGACUUAAUUCCACUUCAUAUUCUUCGGGCAUUGUAAGACUUUAGUCUCUUCUGCUCUGAUACAAAUCCAAUCAACCAUAUUAUCUCUCUUGGCAUAAUAGAACAGAACAGAGUCAAGACAUAUAAUUAGAUUCUGGAUAAAUGGAAGAAAU